GCACAUGCCUCCCACCUCCUAAUGCGGAGUUUCCUCAGUUUAGUCAGAUUUCACCCCUCUCCACGGGAGGAGGGCAGUACAAAAACUCACACAAGACUGAAAACUCAGCCAGUCUAUGGAUUAGUUGAAGAGAUACUAGGGGAUCUAUUUCUGGUGCUUCUUUUUUCUUCCCCAGGACCACCCUGGAAAGCAGUAACUCGACAGCUAUAAUUCUUUUUUUCAUCUGCAUUGAAUCUGAAGCGUUAGUCCGCCAUAAAUCCGUGCAGCUGUCUCAGUUCGACAGAGAUCCUGCUGGAUUUUUCUGAUCACAGGAGAUAUCUUCCCUGUUUGUGUCAGACUUGCUAACAGAUUGACAAAGUAGCAUGUCAAAGGAGGUGAAGCCGGAGAGUGUGUCGCUGUCUCCCCUGGGUGCAACUGCUGCCCCCGAGCAGGAGCUGCUGUGCAUCUUUGGGACGGGGGACUUUGGGCGUUCUUUAGGCCAGCGUCUGCUCCAGUCUGGAUAUAAGGUGGUGUAUGGCAGCCGCAGACCUCACAGCUGUGGCCCCCUGCCCAUGGGAGCUAAGGUAGAACAAAAAGCCUUAUAUCUCAUUUGACAUAGAUGUAAUUAUUUUCAUGAUACUGAGACGGUGGACUGAAGUCAAAGUGCAGAGCUAGUGCUGUUGUUAUCAGGCUCUGAAAGUUGACCGAGUUGCAGCAGGUCACUGAUGUCAUCGCUCUGUUUGCUCUGUCUGCUCUGUCUGCUCUGUCUGCUGCAUUAAGCUUUAACCAAUAUUUGCUCGAGUAGUGAGCGACUAAAAACCACGCUAAACCAGAUUGAAGUGAGUGUGUAGCCACAUGUAAUGCCUGCACAGUAACAAUGUUGUGUUUUUGUUUCGUCCAGGUGUUAAGUCAUGCAGCAGCAGCAGAGUCAUCCAGUCUGGUGUUUCUUUGUAUUCACAGACAACACUACGACUUUCUGGAGAGUCUUGCUCCUCAACUCAAGGGGAAGGUACCUUGUUUGCAAAGUCAGAUUCCUUUGUGUUACCAUCAACUGGCAUGAUUUCUAAGUUUUCUUCCACCCUGCUGAUUUUAUUGCUUGGAAGGUGCUGGUGGAUGUCAGCAACAACCUCAAGAAGAAUCUGUACCCAGAGGCCAAUGCAGAGUAUCUCCAGAGGUAGAACAAAAUCAGGCUGUAAUGUGAUUACCUUCACUGUUGGGGGAUCUCAGGGAUCAUGUAGUUUGAAUCAUCAACAACUGGCGGUACAAAACUCAAGUUUAUUGUUUGUUGUGCAGGCUGGUCCCUGGAGCUCAUGUGGUAAAAGCUUUUAACACUUUGUCCGCCUGGGCCCUGCAGAACGGCCCAUCAGACGCCAACAGACAGGUAAGAAAUGUGUUAGCUCGUGAGUGUAUUUCCAGUCACAUGUGGUUAAAAAUAUCUGACGCUCACUCUUCUUUGACUGUUAUUUAGGACUUUUUUUCCCUAAUGGGGACAUGUCUUAUUUUAGAAUUAGUUCUGCUUGUGUUCCUCUUCCACUGCAGAACUACAAGCUUUCCACCAUUCCCUAUUGUGUUUGCACAGUGGGGUGUUGACCAACAAGUUAAAAAUAAUAGUCCCUUUCAGAGAGGAGAGCUUUUCCGUCCAAACUAUAUUAUUAUCUCAUUUUGAAGUUUUGAUCAAACCAAAUCCGAGUAGAAGAAGCCAAACCGGUGGAGUCGGCCUUGUCUUUACUGUGAGUGCCAUCUUUGAUGUAUCCUUGAAUCAAUUAACUCCACAGUCUCUCUCAGAUCUGAGCUUCCAUCACGUGCUUUGCUCUCCCGCUCUGUACUGCAAAGCUGCAGCAUAUGUGGGUUUUUCUGUUUCGUUUUUAUCUGGUUUGUAGAAUCCCAGAGGACGGUAAAAAACACUCAGGAGAGAGAGAGAGAGAGUGUGUGUGUGUGUGUGUGUGUGUGUGUGUGUGUGCGCGCUGCGGAGGGCAUAUGUGUAUGUAAUGGGAUAUGUGUGUGUACACAGAACAAAGUCAGCAACAUUACAUAGGUGUUCACUGAACAUUGUUGCUUUUACCUGUUUUCUCUAAUUAAUUUUAGUUUUUCAUACAGGAUCCUCAGGUACUUUCAUAGUGAAUCCUCUGGAGUAAAGCAUCCUUUCAUCAUCGCGCAUGUAAAGAAUAAACAUAAAUGAAUAAAUGCAAAAAGGAAAUCAGGAUACAUACUCCCUGCACUGGGCAUUUUGACUGCUUCAUAAACUGUGUACGCUGCAUUCACUGACCUUUCUCAGGAAUAACUCUUACCUACUUUAUGUUUUUGUUUUUGGGAACAGUUUUAUUUUUUUUAAUAUACACAAAAUACACACUCAGAGGCACAGUUAUGUACAUCUAAGUAAUGGCGCUCGUCCAAAAUAAAUGAUGGAUGUGCUUCUUCAUUCCUGCACAUGAGGAAUGUUGGACCAGAAAUAUUUAUCAGCUUUUGUACAUGUAAUGCUGAACUGUUAGAAAGUUUCUCAACGUAUGUACUGCCAGGGAGAGUUUAAAACUGCUUCUGUUAAAGGUCUCUGAUCCAUCUAGUUAACAUCACACUGCUCAUAAUUCACUUCAGUUGUGAUUUUUAUGCGUGGAAGGGGAAAUGCUUUGAAAUUUAUAUUUUUUUUAUGAAUGGGAUUCAAACAACCUCUGAAGAAAUCCUAAUAUUAUUUGUGUCAUUCUUCAGCUCUAAAAUGAACACAUUAUCAUGUUCAAUAACAAAUAUCAUAUUUUCUGAAAUGCUCAUGUUGUAAUGGUAUUUUAUCUGGUUAGCUGGUGGAAAUAAGGCUGUGGAUGUUCUGACCCGAUUUCACCCUGUUUUUGUUAGAACCCUGAUUAGAGCUCACUAGGUUGUAUGACUGGAGACAACCAAGGCCCAGCAGGCCUGACUCUUAACACCCAGUAUCAGCUCCAACGUGCCAUUCCAGCUCAGAUAACUUUUACCAGCUCCACUUUAUUAGCUUUUUUUAUAACCAGUUCUUAUCUUCUCUCCAAACUUUUUUUUUUCUGUAUGAUUUGAUUUCUGUGUUGGUAACUUGGAAACCUGCAAUGUCAUGCCCUUUUAUGGAGUUUUCACCCUUGGUAAUGAGGGACAUCUUACUUGAGUUUUAAAGAUAUGAGAACAUAUCAUUGAUAAAAUCAAGGAGCCUAAUCCAAGCUGUAUUUUUCUUAGGCAUAUUAUUUUCUCAGAUCUUUCUAAGAAAUGUAUUAGAGAAAAAAAUUGAGACAUCAGUAAAUAAAGCCCUGUGUCAAUUUCACAACCAGGUGUUCUUGUGUGGAAACAGAGCAGAGGCAAAGCAGGCUGUAGCAGAAACAGCCACCAAACUGGGCUUCAGCGUUCUGGAUAGAGGGUCUCUAUCAGCGGCUAGAGAACUGGAAGACUUCCCUUUACGCCUUUUCCCAGAGUGGAGGCUGCCACUACUCAUCGCCAUCGGCCUAUCUGCCUUCUUCUUCUUCUACCUGCUCAUAAGAGAUGUCGUGUACACGUAUGUCGUCCAGGGGAAAGACAUCUCUUUUAGGAUCAUGGUGUCUCUGGCCAACAAGGUAGGAUGUUUUUUUAAUGUCUACUACAUCUGCGUUCGCUCAUCUUUGAACAGCUACCUGCAAGUGUAAUUGGUAGACACUGUUUAACUAAAACUGUCCACAAAUAUAGUCUUCUGUUUUUGCUCCUUAUGCUUUUCAGGUAUUUCCCAUCGUGUCCCUCAUUAUGCUGGCUCUGUGUUACCUGCCUGGUAUCAUAGCAGCCAUCCUUCAGCUCUACAGAGGUACCAAAUACAGGUCAGACAUCGUCACAUAAUAAACUGAUACUUAUUGUCUGCACAGAGGUGCGCUGUUGCCACCAUGUUCUUACUAUUGCAUCACAGAAGUAAAACCGUAUGUUUCAGGCGCUUCCCUGACUGGCUAGAUCGCUGGAUGCUGUGCAGGAAACAGCUGGGUCUGUUAGCGCUCGGCUUUGCUUCUCUACAUGUGUUUUACACUCUCGUCAUCCCCAUAAGGUUUGCGACACUAAACACACUACUUCUAAAAUGUGUCUGAAAUUCAUCAAGUUUAGUGUAUUUUCUUCACUUACAGUCACAGCUUUAAACUUAGGAGUACAAAUACAACUUAACAAACACCCAGCAUUAAAUUCUGCCUUUGGAAAGAUUUGACAUUUAGUUUACAUGCUCAUGGUUCAUCUAGAUUUUUUCAUUUUUGCUGUUAUUGAGUUGUAUUAUUCUGAUAGGUGUUUUGACAGCAUUGUCCUUACUUGAGGUUGUUGCACAGAGAUCAUCAUUUUGGACCAGGAGUACCCAUAAACCUAAAAGUGUUCUCCUUAAAACGGAGGGGGAGAAAGAGUGUGACAAGAGUCAUAGAAAGAACUUGAAAUAAACAGAAAAUGAUUUUGAUUCACAAUCACAGAUAAGUAACAGAUAAAUCACAACAGCUGAAUUUAAAGUUCAUGUUUCAUAUUCUUAUAUUUAAUCAUGAGCAUUUAGUUCAAAUUGUACAAUAAUCAAACAAAAAAAAAUCAAUAUUUUUAAUGUUUAAAAACAAGGAAAAAAAAGAAGACAUGAAAGUAGGACAAAAACUACUUAAGUGGAUGGAUGGCAGAGAUAUCGCUCAUUGAUCAGUAUCAUUAUAAAUAAAGGUCUAUUAUUACAUUUUUCUAUCUAUUAUAUUUCUACAAUGUUAUUGCAAACCGUCAAAAAGUUGCUGUUUGGUUCAAAUGGAUCCACUCAGUAUUUUUAAUAUGUAAGAGAGUUAUGUACAGUGAGCUGGUAGUUAUACAAAUCAGAAUCCCAACAGGGUGAGCAAAAGGCUCUGUCUUACUCUUAUCUCUAUAACCACCUGUUCACUAGACCUACAUGUAAUCCCCCUCAUGACCAACCAAUGACAUAAACGAGCUUACACAAAACAUUAAUUUAUACAUGUAUUUAUUGAUUUAGAAAGGAUUCAUUCAUACAGAAAAAGGCCCUCUGAUUUCACUGUCAGAUAUGCUUCCAUGGUAACGGUUUGUAAUCAGCCUCCUUGUAGGACAAAUUAGCAUGAAACUGAACAUUUUAAUUUGUGGUCAAGUUUAAACACAAACCUGAAUUGGUGUUGUAAUUCACAGAAAACUAAACAUUUCCACUGACAAUACAGUACCAACAAUGCAGGGAUAAUGGCUUUUAUAAUUCACAGAAAGUGUAAUGUUGCUCACCAGCCUACACUGUGGUUGGGUUAGGACCCACUUCUCUUCAGAUUUUCAUCUGAAUAGUUUUGUUGUUUUCAUUCCCAGAUAUUAUGUGAGGUUCAAGAUUGGUGCAGGCAUCAUUUCACAGGUAAGAAACUCAUGUAACAAUAAAAAAGGUGAUAAAUUCAGUUCUCAGUUUGCACAAAAGAAAUACUUUCUAAUUCAGACAAGUUUGGAUCAUUUGAAAGUUUUCUCUGCUCCUAAGCAUCUCUGUGUCAUUGACUGUCUUUUUCAGAUAAAAGAGAACCGGACAUCAGAGUUUGACAACAGCAUAGCCUGGCGUGGUGACUCGUACUUCUCCAUGGGGAUUCUGGGAUUCUGCCUGUUUCUUCUCCUGGGAAUAACCUCCCUCCCAUCUGUCAGCAACGCUCUCAGCUGGAGGGAGUUCAGCUUCAUACAGGUGAAUACUGGCAUGUGUGUCUGAGUCACGCUCUGUGUGACUAUCUGGAUGUGUUUGUGUGGGAGCUGCAGUGUUUUUGCAGUUUCACAAUGACACAUUAUGGGCUCAUACACAGCUCUGUUUCCCCCUGUGAAGAAUGAUGUGCAGACCAUCUAAAUUUAUCUAAAUCCCUGCAUCCUGUUUACUGCUCUCGGGCAGCCACAACUGAAGAUGAGGAAUUUUUAUAGAACCGGUUCCAGUGAUGCUGGCCCUGUUGUGUCCUCAGCAAUCUGUCCAAUAGCUCUGCCCUUAAGCACAUGUUUAUGUUUGUGUCUGUGUGUGUGGUAUAACAGGAAUAAUUAAACAACAGAUUGUAAAGCUAAUGCUUUUAGGCUGAAUAUAGAGAAUACAGAAAAGAACUUUAAAUCCUUUCCCCUGAAACGUAAAAUGAAUUAAAAAAAAUAAACAGACGAGUCUUCACACCUUUUGUAGCCAACUGAUUUGGCACACGCAGCUCUCGAAAACAGGCCUGAAUGGCUCCCGAGCAUUUGCGGCUCAUUUUAGAGCUGGUUCUAUGAUAUUUCAUGAGCCAGGUUCUGAUAAAAUGAAUACAAACAAGCUCAUUGUGAAAUUUAAUUUGGAACGACUGAUUAGCUCACCUCUACAGUGUGGCCUUUAGAGGCAGAAAUGACACAUAGAUUGAUGAUUCAUUUAACACAGAGACAUGCUCUCAAUAUUAAACAGACUCUUCCACUUCACCAUGCAGGCUAAAGCUAUUUAAAAGCACUCCUUGAAGAUUUCUGUAUACUGCUUUUACUGUGAUGUACCUGUUUAUGCUCCGGGCUGCUGGUUUUAUAGUAAGUGUGGAAAUGCAGUGGGAAAUUUCUAACCUUUGAGGAAAGUAGACACUGACAAAAAAUCCAUAAUGUGUCCAUUAGCAAAGAUUUCUGCACCUCUAGAAAAGGAAUCGAUAAAAGAAAGAGGAAAGAAAAUGUUUUCGCCACAUAGAAAACUUUGUGUUUGAAGUGUGUUUGUGAUUUUAUACAUUUUUUAAUGAUAAUUUUUUUCACAUGAUCACAAAUAUUUAUGUUUUAUUCGCCACUUUGACCAAUUGAAAAUCAAAUCAGCCUCACCACAGGGAACAAACUCAUUCAUAAAUGUAACUGGGUCAUGUCAGGACUGUCUUUUUUUCCCUCUAAAGCCCUCCCCUUUACCCCCACCCAAAUUAGAGCAGUGCUUUAAAUGUUAAGUUAUUCAUCAAAUGUAAUUUGGGGGGCAUACAUUAUCCUUGGCCAUGGUCUUUGUUCAUGUGUGUGCGGUGGCUGCUUUAAAAUAUGUGUGCAUGUGGUUUUGUGUUCUCUAUCUGCUAAAGCGUUGUUGUUUGAAUGUUCACAUAUCUACACAAAGUAACAAGUGAGUUGGAGUGUGUGCACAUGUGUAGGUCAAAAGCUUGUCUCGUUAAAGGUCAAUCUAUCGCAUUCCAGUUUUGCAAGCCUAUUACACAGUCAUUAGUCAUGUGUUUAUCACCGCAAUUGUAAUUAUGUGCAUCUGCGAAUGUGCCCAUAAUCAGCAGCUGCGUAAGUAUGUGUCUUAACUUGUGUUUUUAACUCUUUCAGUCCAAGCUGGGGUAUCUGACGGUCUUCUUCUGCACAUUUCACGCCUACCUGUACGGCUGGGACAGAUUUCUUCGUCCUUCCACAUACAAGUGGUUCACACCGCCGGGCUACAUGCUUUCACUGAUUGUGCCGUCUUUGGUGCUGGUAUUUAAGCUUCUGCUCCUCUUGCCCUGUGUGGACCGCACCCUCACGCGUAUUCGACAGGGCUGGGAGAGGUGUGAUCCUGAGGACGACAGCAAAAAAACAUUACUGACAUAACACCGUCACAGUCACAGACGCUGAAACAAUGAUAAGUGCCGCCACAUUGCAGACACAAAGGUGCCACAGUGGGUAAAUUUAGGUCAUUGAUGUCAAAGUUGUUCAGUUACACCUACAGUAUUCCUCUGGUUUCUAUUGCCAACACAAACAACACAAUAGCUACUACAAGUAAUCACACUGGAGAUUUUCCUUCGGACACAGUAACAGGAUACACUAUCAGACUAUAUAACCAAUCAACCAAUCAUAUAUUAGAGCAGCUGAACUCUCUUUUCUCAUUACUUUACCUUCUGAUAAUACAAGUGUGCUCAUGAACAUCAGUGUUAUUGUCCUGAACUCAGAGAUCAGUGCAGUGAUUAUGAUUCCCUUAGCACAGUGGUUCUCAAGUCCAGUCCUCGUGCCCCCCCGUCCUGCAUGUUUUGGAUGUUCUCCUGCUCCAACAUACCUGAUUCAAAUGAUCAGCUCGUUAGUAAGCCAUUCCAGAGCUUGAUAACGAGCUGAUCAUUUGAAUCAGGUGUGUUGGAGCAGGGAAACAUCCAAAACAUGCAGGACGGGGGGGCACGAGGACUGGACUUGAGAACCACAGCAGUCUUAUCAUUUCAAAUAACUGCUUUUUGCCUCUCCAACAUUCAUUUACUGUAUUUGGCAGCUUAGAUGUAUUGAUCUACUGAGCGUAUUUUUAUGUACAUUGUGCUUUCUUGACUCCUUUGUCAAAAAAUAAACUAUGAUUAAAUGUUGAUAAAAAGCA